AUGGGUAUGGAUUUAACAUAUAUUAUGUGUUGGCGAGCGAAGGAGCAAGCACUUGAAGAUUUAAGAGGGAAACCAGCAGCAUCAUACGGGAAACUACCUGCAUACAUGCAUGUGUUAAACACAUGUUAUCCCGGUUCACAUAUUAGAAUGAAAAAGAAUGAAGAGAAUGAGUUUUUGUAUAUAUUUAUUGCACUAACUACAUUCAUUCAGGGGUUCGAGCAUUGCAGACCUGUCAUUGUUGUUGAUGCAAGUCAUCUAAGAGGACUGUAUAAUGAGAUUUUCGUAGCUGCAUGUACCAUGGAUGGAGCUGAACAUAUAUUUCCAUUGGCCUAUGAUGUUCUUGAUCCCGAAAAUGAUACUUCUUGGACUUGGUUCUUUGAAAAUCUAAAGGAAGCAUAUGGUGAAAGAAGAAAUAUGUGUGUAGUUUCUGAUCGUAAUGCAAACAUCAUUAAAGCUGUAACUGAGGUGUAUAAUGAUGUACCACAUUAUGCUUACGUCUUCUAUUCCAUGGCAAAAUCAUAUUCAAAGAUCGAAUUUCACAAAUUAAUGGAGAAGGUGGAGGUAGUUGAUGUUAGAGUGAAGAAUUACUUGAAAUUGGCGGGAUACAAUAAAUGGGCUAGGCCAUAUGCAUCUGUUCAUAGGGGACGAACUUUGACAUCAAACAUUACCGAAUCAAUUAAUUCUGCAGUGGUUUCAGCAAGAGAACUACCAAUAUAUGAUUUUUUAGAGGAAGUUAGAUUGAUGUUUGAUCUUAUUGGUAAGUUUAAAAAAAUUCUACAACAGAAUGAAGCGGAUUGUAUACGUAUGAAGGUUAUACCUGCAUCAGAGUAUAUAUAUACAGUCCAUGACAAGGACAAACAUUUUAUUGUUUGUCUUAAGAAAAAAAAAUGUUCUUGCAAUGCAUUUCAGUUGGAUAAGAUACCAUGUGUUCAUACUUGUGCAGUUCUUGAUAGCAAGAAUUUUAAAAAGGGACCAUAUUGCUCUGAUCUAUACAAGCCAAAAACAAUGUUGAGAACGUAUGAUCUUCCGGUUUAUCCUCUUCCACACAAAGAUGAUUGGUUAAUUCCAAAGGAAAUUCUGGAUGAGGUAGUUCUGCCCCCCAAAAUACAAGCGACCCCCUGA